GAAGUAGGUCACACAAUGUCCAGUUCAGUGUGAUUAAAACCGGAAUAAACAAAGGCCAGCCCAGCUCAGCUGCUCGCUCUUUUUAUAGUCCCAGGUUUCAGGUCGAGGAUUGGCUUCGCUCCACCGCGUCGCUGUUUUAAAAAGGGAAACGGACUGGUUUAUAAUCGGAUGUUUCCCUGAUGGUCGUUAUGAUGGCACUGGGACGGUAGUCGGACAACAUUGCCCGCCACAACCAAUUUUUAUCUCGGUAGUCGAUUGUUUUUAAUAUUGAUUUGAAUUUGAACUUAUUUAAUUGAAUUGUUUUUAAGUGCAUGUCAGAGUAUGAAAGGGGUGCACUCAACUCCACCAACCCGGAGCAUGAGCCGGGGAUCCGGGCUGCUCUGGGGGGUGAUCGGAGUGUGCCUGUGGGCAGCGGCAGUGGGAUUCAAACCGGUCAUCAUCAUCCAUGGAUUGUUCGACAGCUCCGGUGAUUUUUUAACUUUGAGUCGUUUUAUCAACGAGUCUCACCCCGGGACCAAUGUGUCGGUCAUCGACCUGUUCGACCGGAGCUCCAGCCUGCAGCCGAUGUGGAAGCAGGUGGAGGGCUUCAAGGCGGCCAUUUACCCCAUCAUGCAGAACGCCGAAGACGGGGUCAACUUCAUCUGCUACUCCCAGGGGGGACUGAUCUGCAGGGGCAUCCUGGCCACCCUGCCGGACCACAACGUGCACACCUUCAUCUCCCUGUCCUCCCCCCAGGCCGGCCAGUACGGGGACACGGACUACCUGAAGUAUCUGUUCCCCCAGUUCAUGAAGUCCAACCUCUUCCAUCUCUGCUACACCUCGGUGGGCCAGCGCAUCUCCAUCUGCAACUACUGGAACGACCCCCACCACAGGGACAUGUAUGUGAACAGCAGUGACUACCUGGCGCUGCUGAACAGCGAGAGAGAGAACCCCAAAUCAGCAGAAUGGAAGACUAACUUCCUGAAGAUUAAGAAGCUGGUGUUGGUUGGAGGGCCCGAUGAUGGGGUGAUCACACCCUGGCAAUCCAGUCAGUUCGGUUUCUAUGACGACAACGAGACUGUUGUGGAAAUACAACACCAGGAAGUGUUCCUGCGGGACUCGUUCGGGUUGAAGACCCUGGGGGCGCGCGGAGACCUGGUGAUCUGCUCCAUGGCCGGGGUGCAGCACGUCUGGUGGCACUCCAACGAGACCGUCUACCAGACCUGCAUCGACAAGUGGCUGCAGUAGACCUCCGCCUGGGACCACACACACACACACACACACACGCAUGCAUACAUACAUACAUACAUACAUGCAUGCAUGCAUGCAUGCAUGCAUACAUACAUACACACAUACAUACAUACACUAUACACAGAAGCUAUGCUCAUUAUCCCCUGCCAGGGGAAAGAGUUUUAAAUAUUUAUAUGAAUUAGUUCUCUUUUACAUGUGGUGUGUGUGUGUGUGUGUGUGUGUCAUUGCCUGUGUGUUUACGUGUGCUUGGCCAGCGACCGCAACAACACAACACAACACAACAACACAACUGUGCCUAACUGACAUUUUGAGAUUCUGUCUCCAUGACAACCCGCAAUGCCCAACCACCUCGUCGCCGUGGCGAUUGUUUUUAUGUGUUUUUAUUUUCCUAUCCAGUUGAAGCAGACUCCCUGUGUUUUUUUUUUUAGCCUGCAAACCUUUUGAAGAAAAGUGUUUUUAAAAUACUAUUUUCGUGGUCAAAACUUGUCUCCGAUAGUAAUUCUGCCUCAUGCGUUCAAGUCGUGCUUGUGUAGUUCCUCUGCAGUAGAACCAUGCCUUAAAGUAGGAUCUCCCUCCCCCUCGGGUCUUAAUCACCCAGCAGGCAUCUUGAGUUGAAAGAUUUAAGGUCCCAUGUUAUGCCACCAGGAGUGAGUGUGAUUAGCCGUUAGAAGCCGUUUUGAAAAUCUGCCUCUUCCGACAUCACAUGUGGGUGUGUCCACGUAGAUGUAUGACGGAUAGAUGAGCAACGUUUGCUACAGUCCACUGGGUAGGCUGGUAGACUGAUCUAUCCAGCACACAUCUAGGUGGACACGCCCUCUUGUGAUGUCACUGAAAAACAGGAAGAGGUAGAUUUUCAAACGGCUUGUAAUGGCUAAUGACACUCACACCUGGGGGUGGGAUAUGGGACCUUUUAAUGUUCAGUUCCCUUCACACAGCUAGUGUCUGGAACCAAGAUGGUUGCCAGGUGAAUGAGGCCCGUGAACCACAUCAGUCUGAUAACCAACGCCUAAGUGCUAAGACUCACUGCCUUUAUCGAAGACGGGGGCCGUACAGGAAAUGGAAGAGACGUGACGGCUGGGGUCAAGGGUCAAAGGAGUGUAAAAGGAAGUGGUUGUGUUUGUUUACCUCUGCCCUCUCAUACUCGUUAACAUCCCCCCCGUGACGUUUAGAAAUCUCAGGCGUUUUAUUAAAUGUUUCGUCAGUCCGUCUGUCCGUUUUAGGUUUUUCUGGAUCAAAAAUUCUGAAUGUUAAUUGCUCUCGGUUGUAUUAUCGUUGUUUUUUUUGUUUAUUUCACAGUUACAAAGAUUUAACUUUAAAAUGAGGGAAAUGUGCUCGCCUCCAACGACUUUGUGUUGUACCCGAGGAUGAUUAUUAAAUGACGUAGAUUUAUGAGGGAAGUUUUAAAUAUUAUGGAUAAUAUCGAUAUUGUGUUUUUUGCAGACUGCAGUAUUAUCAUGUGUAUGUAUUUUUACAUUGUUAUGUACUUGGUUUUAUGUAUGCUUGUACUGUUAAACUGAAGUGUAUUCAUGGAGAAUUAUUGGAUAUAUGCUUUUAAAUUAUAUGUCCGAACAGAUAAUACAGUCCUAACAAUCUUACCGAUGUAGAAUAUUUUUUUGGUUUUCACCAAUAAUUCCACAUGAUCCGCAGUAUAAGAAUAAGUAGCAGUAUGAGAUCAGUAUGAAAAGUGCUUAAUUGCCUGAAAAGUUGCACAUACAUGGAAUUAUCAGAUAGAAUUGUCAUAGGUAUCUUUAAGCACAAACCUACCUGACAUAAAGGUAUUUCUUGUAUAACGUGCCCAAAUAAUUGUCAUUUUUUAAAUAUCCAAUAAAAACGAUUUUAAAAGUAUUUUA